AUGGAUGUGUUUAGAUGGAAGUCUUCCCGGAUAUCAUUUGCAUCGUGGGGAGGUGGAUGGUGUGAUACUAUAAGAAAUUGUGUAUAUCGUAAAACAAGUCGUCGUGGAUCUUCUUCUUUCAUGGAGAAAGAGAUAGCUUUUACAGGAAUUCUAAGUGAUAAAACCGCGGAAAAUCCAGACUUUUAUAACUGGAAUAGAGUAAAAGUCCGGUACUGUGACGGUGGAUCCUUUAGUGGAGACAGUGAAAAUAAGGCUGCACAACUUCAGUUUAGAGGAAAGCGAAUAUGGUUGGCAGCUAUGGAAGAUUUGAUGGCAAAAGGAAUGCGUCAAGCCAAACAGUUUCGGAUAAGAAAGUUUUAA